ACACAGGUUGUGGACCACGUCUCGUCGUUUGAACGCAAUAUCAGUCCGCUGGCUUCGCAGAUAAGUAACGCACCUCUCGCUCUCUCUCUCUCUCUCUCUCUCUCGCAGCUAGUCGCAACAACUCAUACUCUCUCAUACAUAGCUCCAGAAUCUUGAAAAAGCUUCGUCAAAUAUCUGAAUUUGAAGCAGCAGUCGCUGAAGCAGAAGAAGAUGUCGUGGCAAACAUAUGUAGAUGACCAUCUUAUGUGCGAAAUCGAGAGCAAUCAUCUUACCGCUGCCGCGAUCAUCGGUCAAGACGGCAGUGUUUGGGCCCAGAGCUCCAGCUUCCCUCAGUUCAAGCCUGAAGAAAUCACUGGCAUUAUGAAUGACUUUAAUGAACCUGGAACACUCGCUCCUACUGGACUGUACCUUGGGGGCACAAAAUACAUGGUAAUCCAAGGCGAGCCAGGUGCUGUCAUUCGGGGGAAGAAGGGACCUGGUGGUGUUACUGUUAAGAAGACAAAUCUGGCCUUAAUAAUUGGAAUCUAUGAUGAGCCAAUGACUCCAGGGCAGUGCAACAUGAUUGUUGAAAGGCUUGGCGAUUAUCUCAUUGAUCAGGGUCUUUAAUUUCUAUACAUGUCCUACUAUUUAUGUCAAAUUUCUUGGCUUCCAUACAAGCUUGCAUUUGCCUACCUGCUGUUGGAAUGACUGAAUGCAGAGAAAUAAUAUUAUGAAAUAUUGAACGUCAAGGGGAACACUGUGGGAAGAAAAAGUUUGAUGCUUGUUAAAGUAAAUGGGUAUGCUGAUGGCUUUGUUGUUGUACUAUUUUGAUUAUGGUAUCGGAUGAUUUUGGUGUUAAGUACUUUAUCUAAACUACAGUGGAUUUCAUGUGAUGGAUGAGGUAAUUUGAUUAGCGUUAAUUUGCAAGUAA